AUGUGGUCCAGCAAACGUGCUUCUCCCCCCGCCGCGGCCAGUAGCCCAACCGAAGUGGAGGCUGCUGCGCCCGUCACCACCAGACAGAAGAACCCCGGUCGUCGUAUUGCCCAGAUUGUGAAGCUUAAGCCCGAGUUUAUCGACAAGUACAAGGAGGUCCAUGCCAACGUCUGGCCCGAGGUUCUCAAGCAGAUCAAGGAGUGCAACAUUGUCGACUACAGCAUCUGGCACGAGCCCGAUUCACGCAUUUUGUUCGCCACCUUCAAGUAUGUCGGCUACGACUGGGCCGGCGACAUGGAGAAGAUGAAGGAAAAUCCGAAAGUGCGCGAGUGGUGGGCCAUGACCGACGGUUGGCAGGAGUCGGUGGUCCCCGGCGCCGUGAGCAGCGAGGCCGGCGAGCCGUCGUGGUGGAAGCCCGUCGAGGAGGUGUUUUACACGCCUUGA